AACCAUUGCGAACCAUUGCGAACCAUUGCGAACCUCCUUCCGUGCUAUAAAACGGAAUGAAAUACCUUCCACUAGUCCUCCAUGGCUUGCAGGCAUCUUGGAAUGGAGCUCGUCCCUUGCAUCUUUUUCAAAAAUGCCGGGUAACGGAGGUCAGCCUCGAGCCAGUCCCGAUGACGACCCAUCCGCCGGUGCCGCCGAUCAGGCCCGGCGACUCCGGCCAGCCCCGCAGCUCCCGUCCCCCUCCGCGUCCCUAAGCCCGAAGAGUGACGGGGGCGCCGCUGUAGGUGCGGGAUACGGGGGAGGCGAUACUCCCGUCGAAGUGGUGAAUGAGCUUCAAAAACAGCCUGAAACCAGGCCCGUGACGCAAGAACAGCUCAUUGCGGAGGUGAAGGGUAUCUGUUCUGGUCUUGCCAUGCUCGAGUCUCGUUGCAUUAAAGCCGUUACAACGGAAGCCUCUCUGCACGACAACCCAAACUCGCCGCCGCCGACCAACGACCAGUGGCAAGCACUUGUAUCUUUGCACGAGAAAUUGCUAGACGAGCACCACGAUUUUUUCUUAGCGUCACAACGCCCCGACGCUGGGCCAGCCCUCCGCCGCUUGGCGUCGAAGUACGCUAUGCCGCGCCGCAUAUGGCAGCUCGGAAUCCACAACUUUUUGGAGCUCUUCAAGCAUCGUCUUCCUGGCUCCUCCGAAUACAUGUCGAGAUUUAUUCACUACGCUUACUCUAUAAUAACCCUGCUCUAUGAGAUAGCGCCUGCUUUCAAGGACACAUGGAUUGAAUGCCUUGGGGAUCUCAGCCGCUACAUCGAGGAGGAGCUGGGCCAUCUCCUGCCGGACGCGGAUGCCAUGGGUACAGCCACCUCCGGCAAUAGGGACAUCAACAUCGACAUUAUCCUCCCGACCCCCACCAAGGCCGUGCUGGACUACGGGGAUAUCCUGCCGGACGCGGACACAAUGGGCGUCGCUGGUGGCACAUCCAAAGAUGAGCAGAGCGAGUUCCCCUCGCUGGACGACCUGCAGAACGACAACCUGCGGAGCGACGAGACUCUGCCGGACGCGAACGUUACUGGCGUGGACAGCGUCAAUCGUAUCGGCAACGAUAUCUCAUUGCAGCCGAAUAACUCGACACAAGACAUACCGGAUAAGGGUUCGUUUUAGGAGCAACACAAGGAUUACGAGCAGUACGGGGAGGAUCGAGAGGAAGCACUCACUACAACAUCUUGUCGAAAAUUACCCGCGGAAGAAGACAGCACGCAUCUGCGGGGGGAAAUGAGUGAAAUAGGGGGUAAAGGAGGCCGCUUCUUACGACGGGCUGGUUUAUAAUACAACGUACGAAAACGAGGCAAUGAGGGGCAGGCAAAUGGAAAAGCGUUCGCGGAAAACAUGCACUGGACAUAGUUUACGUCGGUACAAACAAAAAAUGAAAAUUCGAUAAGAAAAAUGAAGCGAUCGCUGUCGGA